AAUGAGUAAACAUAAGCAUAGAAGAACAUAAUCUAAUUCUGAAGUUGAUUUAAGAAAUGCAUUAUGUCAAUAGGAUGAUAAGAAACAUUUUAUUGAAAUAUUUAAUCAUGUAUUCAUUAGUGCAAUAAUGAUUAAUAGCCAUCUCAUAUAUAACCUUAAAUUCCAGAAAAAGAAGUUAUAAUAGAAAAAUUAGAAGAUGAUUAUGUGAUCUAACAUCUUAAGGAGAAUUGCGGUUUAACAUUUGGUAAUGCCAAAAAAAAAUCAAAUUUUGGAUCCUAUUAAACCAACAAUUUAUUUUUGAUUCCUGAAUAGAAUGAUCUAUUGUCAAGUGUUGAAUAAACAUAAGAAUCAGGUAAAAAAUUGAAUUCAGGAAUAAAAUUAAAUGUAAAUAGUCAAAAAAGAUAAACUUAUAGUGUUGAAUAAAAAAAUAAUAAUGAUUAAAAAGAGAAUUAAAAAAAUGAUCACAAUAGACAAAAUUCGACAUUAAUAAAUUAAAUUGUAAUAAAUAAUUAUAUUAAAUACUAGUAAACAUAAUUAAAAGAUGUUACUCAUUUAAUGAAUAGUGAUAAAUUAGAUUAAUUCAAUAAAAUGAGUUUUACAAAAGAACUCUAAAAGAAAACAACAGUUCAUCCUGUUUAAAUUCCAUAUAAUCAUCAAAAUAUAUUGUAACCAUCCUUAAAUUCUAAUUAAAAUUAAUAAUCAUCUUAAUCUUAACAUCAAUAAUAAUUAAAUCAAUUUAAUAAUAAUAUUCUCUAAUUAUAAAAUCCUAAUAUUUAAUAAUAAAGUUAAGUGCAUUAAAAUUCUUAAAAAAAUGUUAAUAAAUAAUAAACUAUAACUCCUGAUAGAAAAAGAACACCUUCAAUGGCUAUUAAUAAACCAUCAGGAGUAGAAAAUCCAUUCCAAAAAUCAGAUAAAUCAAUUGUUAAUAAUGAAACCGAUAAAAUAAAAAAUAAUCUUUCAGUCUCGAUAUUUAAUAAUCUUUUUUAAUAAAAUAAGAAAAUUUCAAUUAGCAAUAUUACAAAUAAAUCAGAUUAAUAAAAUGAUUCUUUUAGAAAAUUGGAUACAUAAAUGAAAAAAAUUGAAAGAGAAUUAAUGUCUUUAAAAUAGAGAUAAGAUUGUCAAGAUGAAAUAAAUAAAACUAUAUAAUAAUAAUUAUUGUAAGUUAUUCAUGAUAAUAGAAAACAAAGAGAUGUAAGAAUAUAUUUAUAUUUAAGUAAGGUCAUUUGUCCUUAAAAAAGUUGGAAUAGCUUGAAAUGAUAACAAGGAGAAAUGAAGAAUCUAUUAUGUUUUUAAAAUAAACAUUAGGUAGUAAUAAAAGAAUAGAUUUUACCACACAUUAAACGUAUUUCAUUUUAUUUAUUUAGUGAUUCUACUGAAUUAAGUGAUCAACAUAGAAGAUUUACUGAUUUGAAAAGUUUGAACAGAUAUAUCUGA